UAAUAAGCUUUGGGCGAAGCUGUUCCUUCCUUCCCUGACAUCGCACUCCCGCCAAAGGGUUCAAGCUGAAACCCUAGUAUCUCUCUGCACUCUGCAUUUCAGAGUAUUUAUUAUUCAUCGCUGCCAAGUUCAUCCUCGAUUCCGCCACUUUCACUGCGCCAUCCGGCGAGGAAAGCUUCUGUUGUCCUCUCUCUCUCUCUCUCUCUACUCCCUCCGUUUCUCCGAGACGCUCGCUCGCUGCAACGCUCGCGUCCGUACGGAAUGAGCUUCGCGGCCUACAAGAUGAUGCACUGGCCCACGGGCAUCGACAGCUGCGCUUCCGGGUUCGUCACCCACAGCCCUUCCGACUGCACUCCUCGGAUUCCGCCGCUGCAGACCGACGAUCUCGAGCCGGACUGCCCGCCGCGGCGAGAGAUCGGACCCGUCCCGAACCUGAUCGUCGCCGCCGCGAACGUUCUCGAAGUGUAUGUGGUGAGAGUGGAGGAAGACGGCGAUAAGGAUUCCGGCGAGGCCAAGCGCGGCGGAGCCAUGGAUGGUGUUUCCGGUGCUUCGCUCGAGCUCGUUUGCCACUACAGGUUGCACGGUAAUGUUGAAAGUAUGGCAGUACUGUCAACUGGAGGUGGUAAUGGUUCCAGGAGCAGAGAUUCGAUCAUUUUAACAUUUCAAGAUGCAAAAAUUUCCAUUUUGGAGUUUGAUGAUUCAAUUCAUGGACUUCGCACAACAUCUAUGCAUUGUUUUGAGGGUCCAGAUUGGCUUCAUCUCAAAAGAGGUAGAGAAUCUUUUGCGAGAGGCCCACUGGUGAAGGUUGAUCCUCAAGGCAGGUGUGGAGGGGUUCUUGUUUAUGGUCUGCAAAUGAUAAUGCUUAAGGCUUCUCAGGUUGGUUCUGGCUUGGUGGGAGAUGAGGACACAUUCGAAUCUGGAGGUGCAGUUUCCAUUCGAGUAGAAUCAUCCUACAUAAUCAGUCUCCGGGAGUUGGAAAUGAAGCAUGUAAAAGAUUUUGUAUUUGUACACGGCUAUAUUGAGCCUGUGAUGGUAAUACUUCAUGAGCGGGAGCUUACAUGGGCGGGACGUGUUUCCUGGAAGCGCCAUACUUGCAUGAUAUCUGCACUCAGCAUUAGCACAACCCUGAAGCAGCAUCCUCUGAUUUGGUCAGCCUCAAAUCUCCCUCACGAUGCGUACAAGCUUCUUGCAGUUCCUUCUCCAAUUGGUGGGGUUCUUGUGAUUUCUGCUAAUGCUAUUCAUUAUCACAGUCAGUCUACUUCUUGUGUUUUGGCUCUCAAUAGUUAUGCCAGUUCUACUGACGGCAGUCAAGAGAUGCCAAAGUCGAGUUUUAGUGUUGAGCUUGAUGCUGCCAAUGCCACCUGGUUAGUGAAUGACGUAGUCUUGCUGUCGACCAAAACUGGGGAGUUGUUGCUGCUUACCCUUGUUUAUGACGGGCGUGUGGUGCAAAGAUUGGAUCUUGCAAAGUCAAAGGCUUCUGUGCUCACUUCUGGGAUUACAACAAUCGGAAAUUCCUUGUUUUUCCUAGGCAGUCGAUUGGGAGACAGUUUGUUGGUGCAAUAUACUUGCGGGUUUGGAACCUCAAAGUCUUCAUCUGGUUUGAAGGACGAGGUGGGAGAUAUUGAAGGUGAUGCCCCUCUGGCGAAGAGGUUGCGCAUGUCCUCUUCUGAUGCUUUGCAAGACAUGGUUGGUGGAGAGGAGCUCUCGAUACAUGGUUUGACGCCAAGUAAUGCAGAAUCUGCGCAGAAAACCUUUUCAUUUGCAGUGAGGGAUUCCUUGAUUAACAUUGGCCCUCUGAAAGAUUUUGCAUAUGGCCUGCGGAUCAACGCUGAUGCUAAUGCUACUGGAGUUGCAAAACAAAGCAACUAUGAACUGGUGUGUUGUUCUGGUCAUGGGAAGAAUGGUUCUCUGUGUGUUCUGAGGCAGUCAGUUCGUCCAGAAAUAAUUACUGAGGUUGAACUACCAGGUUGCAAAGGCAUUUGGACCGUCUACCACAAGAACACUCGUGGUUUAGAUUCUUCCAAAGUCGGGGUUGAUGAUGAUGAAUAUCAUGCAUAUUUGAUUAUUAGUCUGGAAAGUCGUACCAUGGUGCUUGAAACGGCUGAUCUUCUCAAUGAAGUCACUGAAAAUGUUGAUUAUUAUGUGCAAGGAAGAACUAUUGCUGCUGGGAAUCUAUUUGGAAGGCGACGAGUUAUUCAGGUUUUUGAACGUGGAGCACGUGUCCUCAAUGGUUCUUCUAUGACACAAGAUUUGAACUUAGUGGCCUCGAAUUCUGAAUUAGCGUCUGAGAGUUGCAUGGUCUUAACUGUAUCGAUUGCUGAUCCGUUUGUCUUACUAAAGAUGACUGAUGGAAGCAUUCGGCUUCUCGUUGGAGAUCCAUCUACAUGUACUGUUUCUGUUGUGACUCCAGCAACAUUUGAUGGCUCAAAAAAGUUUGUCGCUGCCUGUACACUUUAUCACGAUAAAGGUCCAGAACCUUGGCUUAGGAAGACCAAUCCUGAUGCUUGGCUAACAACAGGUAUAGAUGAGGCCAUUGACGGUGCUGAUGGUGCAACUCAGGACCAGGGAGAUAUAUAUUGUGUGGUUUGCUAUGAAAGUGGUGCACUCGAAAUGUUUGAUGUGCCUAAUUUCAGUUGUGUUUUCUCUGUGGAUAAAUUUGUGUCUGGAAAGAUGCAUCUCGUUGAUUCCUUUAUGCAAGAAGAACUUGGUGAUUCUCAGCAAGGAAUCUCGGUAGGUUCUAAUGAAUCAGCUGGCCCAGGGAAGAAAGAAAAUGCACAGAAUACAAAGGUUCUAGAGUUGGCCAUGUAUAGAUGGUCUGGACAGCAUAGCCGCCCUUUCCUCUUCGCAAUAUUGAAUGAUGGGACAAUUCUUUGUUAUCAUGCCUUUUUGUUUGAAGGUUCAGAAAGUGGUAUAAAAAAUGAAGUCGCAGUUUCUAAUAACAAUUUUAUCAGCAAAGGCAUCAAUAGUGGUUCCAGGCUUAGAAAUCUUCGAUUCUUACGUGUUGCCUUGGACACAUAUACAAGAGAAGAGAUGACCAUAGGAAGCUCGUGCAAUAGAGUUACAUUCUUCAAGAACAUUGGAGGAUAUCAAGGAUUGUUUCUUUCUGGUUCAAGGCCCACUUGGUUCAUGGUUAUCAGAGAGAGGCUUCGAAUUCAUCCACAGUUAUGUGAUGGAUCAAUUGUCGCCUUCACUGUUUUCCAUAAUGUAAACUGUAAUCGUGGGCUUAUAUAUGUGACCUCACAGGGUGUUCUAAAAAUUUGCCAACUACCAUCUAAUUCAAGCUAUGACAACUAUUGGCCGGUACAAAAGAUUCCACUGAAAGGAACUCCACAUCAAGUUACUUUCUUUGCCGAGAAGAAUCUGUACCCACUUAUAGUUUCAACUCCGGUUCAUCGGCCGUUGAAUCAAGUUGCUUCAUCCCUCGUUGAUCAAGAAGUUAGCCAUCAGAUUGAAAAUCACAGUCUAAAUCCUGAUGACGUACAUCGAACUUAUGCAGUUGAUGAGUUUGAGGUUCGGAUCUUGGAACCAGAAAAGUCUGGAGGACCUUGGCUGACUAAGGCGACAAUUCCCAUGCAAAAUUCUGAGAAUGCAUUAACCGUGCGUGUUGUAACACUGCUUAAUAUGACGACAAAGGAAAAUGAGACACUUUUAGCUAUUGGAACUGCUUAUGUUCAAGGUGAGGAUGUUGCUGCAAGAGGGCGCAUACUUUUGUUUUCUAUGGGGAAAGAUGCCGACAAUCCUCAAACUUUGGUUUCAGAGGUUUACUCAAAGGAAUUGAAGGGUGCUAUAUCUGCUGUAGCCUCUCUUCAAGGCUAUCUGUUGAUAGCUUCUGGUCCCAAGAUAAUUUUACACAAAUGGAAUGGAACUGAAUUGACUGGUGUUGCAUUUUUUGAUGCCCCACCUCUACAUGUUGUAAGCAUGAAUGUUGUAAAAAAUUUCAUUUUACUUGGCGACAUCCACAAGAGCAUAUACUUCCUCAGCUGGAAAGAACAAGGCUCUCAGCUUAACUUGUUGGCCAAAGAUUUUGGCUCCCUGGAUUGUUUCGCAACAGAGUUUCUAAUUGAUGGAAGUACAUUGAGUCUGAUUGUAUCUGAUGAGCAAAAAAAUGUUCAGGUGUUCUAUUAUGCACCCAAGAUGUCCGAGAGUUGGAAGGGACAGAAACUUCUCUCAAGGGCGGAAUUUCAUGUAGGUGCUCAUGUGACGAAAUUCAUGCGGUUGCAGAUGCUUCCUACUUCAUCCGGUCAAAGUGGUCCUACUCCUGUUUCAGACAAGACCAACCGGUUUGCUUUGUUAUUUGGUACCCUAGAUGGCAGCAUCGGCUGCAUUGCUCCUCUUGAUGAACUGACAUUCCGUAGGCUCCAGUCACUACAGAGAAAGCUUGUUGAUGCUGUUCCCCAUGUUGCUGGCUUGAAUCCAAAAUCCUUCCGCCAGUUCUGCUCUAAUGGGAAAGCACAUCGACCGGGCCCCGACAGUAUUGUUGACUGUGAACUGCUUUACCAUUACGAGCUGCUCUCUUUGGAUGAACAAUUGGAGAUUGCGCACCAGAUAGGAACAACUCGCUCACAGAUUCUCUCGAAUUUGAAUGACCUUGUUGAGGGAACAAGUUUUCUAUGAGAUCUCUCGAAUUUGAAUGACCUUGUUGAGGGAACAUUUUUCUAUGAGAUGCGACGGCAGCCUAGGGGGAAUAUACUAGAGUGGUUCAACCAGUGAGCUGUUGGCACGUGAGCCAAGCUAUUUACCGACCGACUGCUGUAGUUCAUGAUGUAAAUAUUUCAUCGGCUCAUCCGAGAGAGUUAUUGUAAUGGGCAAGAAGCAUUGCAAUGUGAAGCGACUUUGAGGAGUACAAUUGAGGAUUAAGGUGAAUCUUGAGCCCCCUGAGGUUGAGUUUAGCAA